UCCCAUGCAAUUAGGCCCGCACGCACGCAAAGAUAAAAAGGCAACAAUCAACCAAAAAGCCUCCAUUUUCCCAAAGUUUUCCGAGCCAUUGAGGAAAGUAGAGGAAAGUAGAGAGAAAGCUAAAAAAAAAAAAACACCCCCACAAAGUGGUCUUCCCUUCUAUUAAAGCAUAGAGACACCAUACACUAAAACCCCUCACGCAAAAACAAAACACUAAAAUUCUUGUUAGUGAUUACAUAGUCUUUUAGAAACUUUGGGUACGGCUACCAACAGAUUUCUCCUUUUUUCAGAGAAAUGAAAGUGCCCUUUUCCACUAAUGACAACGUGAGUUCUAAACCAUUGAUUAGCAGCAGCAACAACAACAACAACAAUAACCUCCGUAACGCUACUUUUCCGGCCACCACCAACGGCCCUAAUUUGUGCUACGAACCCAAAUCAGUCCUCGAACUCCGUCGUAGUCCUAGCCCUAUCGUCGAAAAGGCGCAUAUCACAACAAACCCCGAUUUCGAAGAUCCUCUUCAGUUAGGUGAUCAUGUUCUAAGCAACUUCGAAGAUUGGGAUUCUUUGAUGAGAGAACUUGGCUUACACGACGAUUCUGCUUCACUUUCAAAAACUAACCCUCAACUAACCCUCACCCAAACCGAGUCGCUGACUCAGUUCCAUAAUCUCUCCGAAUUCUCAGCUGACUCAACUCACUUCACUAGCCCUGAUUUUUCUUUCACUGAUAGCACUUUCCCUCAACACUUCGUUAGCCCUCAGGGAAGUUUCAUUAACGCCCUUGAUCUAUCUCAUGAUAUCCACCAGAGCUGGAACAACAACAACAACAACAACAACAACGUGGGAUUUGAUUACGUGGAUGAACUCAUUCGUUUCGCUGAGUGUUUCGAAACUAACGCUUUUCAACUCGCACAUGUGAUACUGGCACGGCUCAAUCAACGGCUACGAUCUGCUGUUGGGAAACCUCUUCAACGAGCUGCCUUUUACUUCAAGGAAGCACUUCAAGCUCAACUCGCCGGGUCAACCCGACAAACUCGUCCAUCAAGCUCAUCAGACGUGAUUCAAACAAUCAAAUCAUACAAAAUAUUCUCAAAUAUCUCCCCUAUACCUAUGUUCUCCAGCUUUACGGCUAACCAAGCCGUGCUUGAAGCAGUUGACGGCUCGAUGUUAGUCCACGUCAUCGAUUUCGAUAUCGGACUAGGUGGUCACUGGGCUUCCUUCAUGAAAGAGUUAGCAGACAAAGCCGAGGGUCGCAAAUCCAACGUACCAGUUCUCCGAAUAACCGCUCUAGUUCCUGAAGAAUACGCUGUUGAAUCAAGGUUAAUUAGAGAAAAUUUAAACCAAUUUGCACGUGAACUUAACAUCGGGUUCGAAAUUGAUUUUGUUCUAAUCCGUACAUUUGAGUUGUUAUCAUUCAAAGCAAUAAAGUUCAUGGAAGGGGAGAAGACAGCAGUACUUUUAUCACCCGCUAUCUUUAAACGGGUCGGGUCAGGUUUUAUAAACGAUCUUCGUCGUAUAUCACCUAACGUGGUGGUACAUGUGGACAGUGAAGGGCUGAUGGGAUACGGUGGGUUGUCGUUUAGGCAAACAGUGAUUGACGGGCUUGAAUUUUACUCCACGUUAUUGGAAUCACUUGAAGCUGCAAAUAUAAGUGGUGGGAAUUGCAGUGAUUGGAUGAGGAAAAUUGAGAAUUUUGUGUUGUUUCCUAAGAUAGUUGAUAUGGUGGCUGCUGUAGGGCGGCGAGGUGGGGGUGGUUCUUGGAAGGAUGCGAUGGUGGCCGCUGGAUUCCGGCCAGUGGGGUUAAGUCAGUUUGCUGAUUUUCAAGCAGAUUGUUUGUUGGGGAGGGUACAGGUUAGGGGAUUCCACGUGGCAAAGAGACAAGCUGAGAUGUUGCUGUGUUGGCAUGAUAGGGCACUAGUAGCCACGUCAGCUUGGAGGUGUUUAUAAUAGUAAUAAAACUAACCCUAAACUAGUACUGUAGUUGUAAUAAUAAUAGCAGUGAUUUGGGAUCUUUAGCUGUAUGGUUCAGUUAUAGGGGUUGGGUGUAGUUAUAACAGCAGAUAAAACUCAAAAGAAAGUUAAGAGGUCGUGUGGUCUUUUUUGUUUUUUUUUUCUUCCUCCAAAUGUGUUGGUACUAUAUAUCUUUUGUAAUUUUGUAGCUUAAUUUGUGUAACUCUUUCACUGUUAAUUUGAAAGGAUAUAUCGCCAUGUUCAACUA